CACUAGAGCUCUUGCAAGGAAGAUGGCUGACAAAGCUAAUUUAGAGAAGGUAGCUCUGGAAAAUCGUGUUGAAAAUAUGAAAAAUACUUUGAAGGAAUUGAUGGCUUCCUUGCAAUCUCUUCAAGCAACCUUAGUCACAAGGGCACCUUUGACAACAAAUCCCUUGUUUGAAGGAAAUGUUUCUAUGGAAAAUCUCCCUAUUGCCACAUCUACUAUUGGAAAGGAGCCAAUGUCAUCUUGCCCACCAAAUCCAACUAUUGGUGGAACUUAUGGGACAAAGCCAUUUGUUCUAAAUGCUGGAGUUGCUACAGUUCAAUCUAAUGAUCAAGAAGAGACUCAAGUUGGCAAGUCAAUCACAGAGGAUGAAGACAAGGCAAUUAAAGCGAAGGUGCAGUUGAUGGAGGAAACACUAAAAUCGAUGCAAGGUGUCCAAACCAAUAAACCGGUUGACAUCUCAUCUUUGUGCUUUUUCCCAAACAUUCAAUUGCCUCAUAAGUUUAAAUUGCCUGAGUUUGAUAAGUAUAAUGGCACUGGUUGUCCUUAUGCUCACUUGAUGAUGUAUUGCAGGAAGAUGGCUCCUUAUGCCAAUGAUGAGAAGCUAAUGAUACAUUACUUUCAGGAUAGUCUGACAAGUCCUACAGAUGCUUGGUUUUUUACUUUAGACAAAAGGCCUUAUCAUGAAAAGUUGAUGACUUGUGUAAAUUACACUUUCGCCCAGUUGGUUGUUGUGGGAGAACAAGUGGAGGAUGGAAUCAAGUUUGGAAUUAUCAUUGAUUAUCAAGCAUUGAAGAGUCUCCUUGAACAAUACCAAAAUGGUAGUUCAGGGGUUUCUAGUUCAGAGAGGCUUGGCCCAAGUCAUAAGAAAGAAAAUGAAAUUGGCACCAUUAACUCAGUUUAUGAAAUGUAUGGGAGAAAUAAUCAGUCACGUCCUCAAAGGCAAUUCAAUAAUCCUUUCCAAGCUCCAACUUAUCAGCCGACAGCUUUUACAAGUCAGUCAAGGCCACUUUAUUCGUUUGGUACCAAUCGUCCACAACAAAAAGUGAGACAACAUUUCGACAAGCUUCCUUUGUCAUAUACUGAAGUGUUUCAACAAUUGGUAGCAACUGGUCUUGUUACUCCUGUACCUAUGGUUCCAAUAAAACCACCAUUUCCAACAUGGGGCCAACGCUUACAGUUUCACUUAAACAAGGUUGAUCUUAAAACUACUAUUGAUGAGGGCUUGAAUAAGUGAACAAUGGAGUUUUUCCCUAUUGCUAUCAUUUUGGAAUGAAAGGUGUCUAUCAUGUUAGUCUUUAUUUGCAUUUUCCAAACUCCUUUCAUAUUGCAAUUUGAAUCUUUGUUCUUCAUGUUUUAAUUCAUGGUUCUUUAGUUCUUGAUUUUUACUUCCAUGAGUUGCACUGUUAGUGAACUUGAAUUCAAUGUUGAACCCUAUAAAGAAACUUGAGGCUU